GUUCUGUUGACUGGGAAGCCCCUAGCGCGGAGCUGCCAACGCCCGGCGUAAAGACACAAAUAGAGGAUACGAUCUUGAAUGAGUAGCAAAGACUGCAAAACACAGCUAUGCAGACCAUCAAGUGUGUUGUAGUUGGGGACGGUGCUGUGGGUAAAACCUGCCUGCUCAUCUCUUACACUACAAACAAGUUUCCUUCUGAAUAUGUACCUACGGUGUUUGAUAAUUAUGCUGUAACUGUAAUGAUUGGAGGCGAGCCCUACACUCUGGGCUUAUUUGAUACAGCAGGUCAGGAAGACUACGACAGGUUACGACCCCUGAGUUAUCCCCAGACAGAUGUCUUCCUCGUCUGUUUCUCCGUCGUGUCCCCCUCCUCCUUUGAAAAUGUCAAAGAAAAGUGGGUUCCAGAGAUCACCCACCACUGUCCAAAGACCCCCUUCCUGCUAGUUGGGACUCAGAUUGACUUGCGGGAUGACCCCUCCACUAUAGAGAAGCUGGCUAAGAACAAGCAAAAACCCAUCACUCCGGAGACAGCUGAGAAGCUUGCAAGAGACCUCAAGGCUGUGAAAUAUGUGGAGUGCUCAGCCCUCACGCAGCGAGGGCUGAAGAAUGUAUUUGACGAAGCUAUCCUAGCUGCCCUAGAGCCACCUGAGACGCAGAGAAAGAGGAAAUGCUGUAUAUUUUAAACUUUCUCUGUGCCGCUGCUUUCAUCUCUUCCUCAUUCGGUUGCCAUUAUCUUCUUCAUUUUUCAUUCCUUUAUCCCACCCCUCUUUUUUCCUCUCUCAAUGUAUUUACAUGUGCUGCUUUUUAAAUCUAGACCAAUCUCAGUCCCAGCCAUCAAACUAACCAAUCCAUCAGUCAGAGUGCAUUGCAACUAAUCUUUGUUUGAUGGCCUCAAUCACUGACUCAUGUGGGCCUUUCUGCACUUCAGUGACUUAACCUGUUGCCUUCUUCUAACCUGUAACUGAUUACAGUCUGUUUGGUUGUUGUAUUAAUGUUCUGAUUUCUGGAGUGGUUUAUGACAGCUUCAUUUUACAUCAUAAAUCUGGCACUUCACCACUGUAUCAUUCCUAGUUUUCGUAUUUAAGCCCAGUGCUCGUUCCUGUGGCCUAGGGCUGGGCGAUAUGGACUAAAAAUAAUACCUCAAUAUUUUUAGACUAAAUGGCAAUGCACGUCAUACAUUUUCUUUCUGUUAAGUGGGCUAUAUGUUGAGUUGUAAGUCAGAUGUUACACGCACUAUUUUAAUAAAAUAGACUGAGAACAAAAUGAAAAUGCAAACACAGGUUUCCUCCCCUGUCAAAAAAUCUACAGCUGCAAAACAUGUAAAUGAAUAAGUAUAUAAAUGAAUAGUAGUGCUAUAUGCUAACUUUAUUUACACAUAGCACUGGCGCUACAGAGGUUGAGUGCUUUGUAGCAUGAGUGGUGCUGGGUCUUGUUUAAAAAAGUUAGAAUAGCAGUACCAAUACCAGUAGCCUUGAAGUGAUGCUGAUACCAGUAGAUACUUAAUUUGAUGACGACAAUGUGAUUAAAGUUACAUAGCAGGUUAAACAACAGAGUCUAGCUGUUUUGUAAGUUUGCUGGGACUGUGUUGGAUGUUAGCUGCUGCUGUGUUAGCUCGUGCUAACUGAGUAGACUCUCUGGGAGUAGAGAGAUUCCAGUAACAGAAAGUUUGCUAAUGUGACAGGGAGUCUGGAUCAAACUCCUGACGCAAAAAGGAUAGAAUGCAGGUAUUGGUUGACUACAGAUGGUUCAAUACUACUUGGUACAGAGUUAUUUUGGCUGAUACCUUUAAAGCAUCGAGCACAGAUGCCUAGUCCUAAGCGUGAGUAUUAGCCAGUGUAGCUUGCAAUUAUUCAAAUUCUGUUAGGGGGAGUUUAUAAAGUCACUUUUCAUGACCUUUCAAGUUAAUGUUGUGCUGAACAAAAUGCAGUCAUUGUUUUAAAAAUCUUAAUUAUUCAUACACGUAGCAUUGACAAAGAGAGAUUUAGACUUUUUUCGUGUUAGGUCAUGUGGAGGAAAUGUCUGUAUUGCCACUGCGCUGCAUUUUUAUGAAGGCAUCCAUCAUCCAGGCGCCUUACUGUUGUUCAAGUGACUACAGUGACUGCAACUGUCACCUCAUAUUCUUCUCACACACAAGCAAGUGGCUCUGACACGCAAAUGCUGGGUUUGUGUGCAUACUUGCACAGUUUCAAAGAGGAAACAGGUUAGGGCAUGUUUCCAUAUUGCGUUUUUUCACCGGCAGUAAAGCACUGGCCAGGAAGAUAGAAGUAAAGAUGGGCAACAUCUACCAAAUUGCCAAUUGACGAUGUCCACGCUAAAACACAGUGAUGGACAAUGAUUUCAUUUUUGUGGCGGGGCAUUCUGUAUUGACACAACUCUACUUUUAUAUGACAAAUAUUUUGACAUUUAUUUUAGCCAGGUAGCUUACGUUUAAAAAGUUAGAAAAUAAAUGACAGUGAUGAAACACCAGUGCCGAUGUUAACUAGAAAUGCUUGAAGCGGAUGCAUGAAAAAUUGGAGUGCACUCAGAUUGUCUGCAGUGUCUAAAUGCUUUUUCCUUAUUUGAAAAAAGUAGCUGGUGCUCGGAAAAAAUAAGUUUGUGGACACUUGGCCUAAAGUAAAACAACGUCAAAUUAUAUUAAUAUAAAUGGUCUAGUCUCAUUUUAUGUCUUGUGGAAAAGUCGUUGUACCGCCCAGCCCUAAUGUGGGUCCUGGCCAACAGCAGAGGGGCAUCUUACAGAGGAUGUAGGAUGUCAUUUGGGAUGCAGCUAUUGUUUAAGUUAGUAUUUCCCCUCUGUCCUGUAGUAGUUAAUGUGGGGAGGGUUUGGACUAAAGUGAGGGCGGAGGCUUCACAUGGCUGCACGUGGAGAUUGAUCUCAACACUAAACAGAGCUUCCAUUUCUAAUGCUAAUGUAUUUUUUGUACUACUAUUGAUGUUUGAUGAAACAGAACUUUGAGUCUGACUAUGGUUACAUGUAGGGCUUAUAAGUACUUGAGUCAUAUAUAGGGAUUGUUGGGUCAUGUAACCACUAAAAGCUUUACCUGAUGGUGGUCAUGUCUUAUAGAUCUGGUUUAUAGCUAAGAUACACUUAAUGUGUCUUAGUUCUGAAAAUUACUCUUGUUUACUUGCACAACUCUCUCUAUAUAUGACACGUGCCAUUAACUGUGGUGCAUAACCAGAUAAUCAAAAAGCUAAAAUUGUGUGAAAUGACCUGUGAAAUGAAUUAAUAAAGGACAGAUGAACUUGC